AUGGAAUCUGGGAGAAGGGGAUGGAAUAUGGGAGAAGGGGAUGGAAUCAGGGAGAAGGGGAUGGAAUCUGGGAGAAGGGGACGUAAUCAGGGAGAAGGGGAUGGAAUCUGGGAGAAGGGGGUGGAAUCUGGGAGAAGGGGGUGGAAUCUGGGAGAAGGGGAUGGAAUCUGGGAGAAGGGGAUGGAAUCUGGGAGAAGGGGAUGGAAUCUGGGAGAAGGGGAUGGAAUCUGGGAGAAGGGGAUGGAAUCUGGGAGAAGGGGAUACAAUCUGGGAGAAGGGGAUGGAAUCGGGGAGAAGGGGAUGGAAUCUGGGAGAAUGGGAUGGAAUCUGGGAGAAGGGGAUGGAAUCUGGGAGAAGGGGAUGGAAUCUGGGAGAAGGGGAUGGAAUCUGGGAGAAGGGUAUAGAAUCUGGGAGAAGGGGAUGAAAUCUGGGAGAAUGGGAUGGAAUUUGGGAGAAGGGGAUGGAAUCUGGGAGAAGGGGAUGGAAUCUGGGGGAAGGGGAUGGAAUCUGGGAGAAGGGGAUGGAAUCUGGGAGAAGGGGAAUCUGGGAGAAGGGGAUGAAAUCUUGGAGAAUGGGAUGGAAUUUGGGAGAAGGGGAUGGAAUCUGGGAGAAGGGGAUGGAAUCUGGGAGAAGGGGAUGGAAUUUGGGAGAAGGGGAUGGAAUCUGGGAGAAGGGGAUGGAAUCUGGGAGAAGGGGAUGGAAUCUGGGAGAAGGGGAUGGAAUCUAGGAGAAGGGGAUGGAAUCAGGGAGAAGGGGAUGGAAUCUGGGAGAAGGGGAUGGAAUCUGGGAGAAGGGGGUGGAAUCUGGGAGAAGGGGAUGGAAUCUGGGAGAAGGGGAUGGAAUCUGGGAGAAGGGGAUGGAAUCUGGGAGAAGGGGAUGGAAUCAGGUAGAAGGGGAUGGAAUCUGGGAGAAGGGGAUGGAAUCUGGGAGAAGGGGAAGAAAUCUGGGAGAAGGGGAUGGAAUCUGGGAGAAGGGGAUGGAAUAUGGGAGAAGCGGAUGGAAUAUGGGAGAAGGGGGUGGAAUCUAGGAGAAGGGGGUGGAAUGUGGGAGAAGGGGAUGGAAUCUGGGAGAAGGGGAUGGAAUCUGGGAGAAGGGGAUGGAAUCUGGGAGAAGGGGAUGGAAUCUAGGAGAAGGGGAUGGAAUCUGGGAGAAGGGGAUAGAAUCUGGGAGAAGGGGAUGGAAUCGGGGAGAAAGGGAUGGAAUCUGGGAGAAAGGGAUGGAAUCUGGGAGAAGGGGGAGAAGGGGGUGGAAUGUGGGAGAAGGGGAUGGAAUCUGGGAGAAGGGGAUGGAAUCUGGGAGAAGGGGAUGGAAUCUGGGAGAAGGGGAUGGAAUCUAGGAGAAGGGGAUGGAAUCUGGGAGAAGGGGAUAGAAUCUGGGAGAAGGGGAUGGAAUCGGGGAGAAGGGGAUGGAAUCUGGGAGAAGGGGAUGGAAUCUGGGAGAAGGGGAUGGAAUCUGGGAGAAGGGGAUGGAAUCAGGGAGAAGGGGAUGGAAUCUGCGAGAAGGGGAUGGAAUCUGGGAGAAGGGGGUGGAAUCUGGGAGAAGGGGAUGGAAUCUGGGAGAAGGGGAUGGAAUCUGGGAGAAGGGGAUGGAAUCUGGGAGAAGGGGAUGGAAUCAGGUAGAAGGGGAUGGAAUCUGGGAGAAGGGGAUGGAAUCUGGGAGAAGGGGAUGGAAUCUGGGAGAAAGGGAUGGAAUUUGGGAGAAGGGGGUGGAAUCAGGGAGAAGGGGAUGAAAUCUGGGAGAAGGGGAUGGAAUCAGGGAGAAGGGGAUGGAAUCUGGGAGAAGGGGGUGGAAUCUGGGAGAAGGGGGUGGAAUCUGGGAGAAGGGGGUGGAAUCUGGGAGAAGGGGAUGGAAUCUGGGAGAAGGGGAUGGAAUCUGGGAGAAGGGGAUGGAAUCUGGGAGAAGGGGAUGGAAUCUGAGAGAAGGGGAUGGAAUAUGGGAGAAGGGGAUAGAAUCUGGGAGAAGGGGAUGGAAUCUGGGAGAAGGGGAUGGAAUCUGGGAGAAUGGGAUUGA